AUGAUCGAGAUCUACCUGAGCCCGGAGAACGAUGUCAGCUGGACGGACGGCAACCAGCCGGCCGCUGCACCGUCCAGGGGGGGAAGCAGGGACGGCAGCGUGGGCGGGGCGGGGGCGGGGGUGGGAGCAGGAGGGGGCACAGCGGAGGAGGAGGCGCAGGAGGCGGCUGUGACGGCGCGAGAGUUGCUGAAGCAGCUGCGGCCUGAGGAUGUGGAUGAGAGCAGAUACCAGGUGCUGUCGGCGUAUGCGCGCAUGGCAGGGCGCCAGCGCGGCGACGUGGAGGCGGCGGUGGGGUCGCUGCUUGACGUGGCGUCGUCCGACCCCAACAACGUGCCCGUUCUGCUGGCGUUGGCCCACGGGUUCGUGCUGAUGAAGCAGGUGGACAGGGCAUGGUCCCCAAGGCGCGCAACCAGCUAA